UAAUGCGUAGAAAUGGUUAUAAGCGUAUGUCAUUGUUAUUCGUGAAUGUAUAAAUCUUGAUGUACAUUUGUUUCAAUACUAAAGCCAGCUCAUCGAUAUUUUUGCCUUAACACAAUUUUAUCAUUGUUUUGCCUCUAUGGUGUAUUACUUUGUGGUGCGUUACGUUGAACCGUUAUAAACUAGAGUGUAACUUUUGAGGAAGCAAACGUGUCAACUAUCAAUUCUUCGUAAAAUGUCUAUAUUAAUUUUGGUGCUAUUCAGUAGUACAGUAGUUCUACAAACGAACGCGAUUAUGUUCCGGCUAGCACCUAACGCACAAAAAUGCCUGAGAGACGAAAUGCACGGCAAUCAAAUUGUUGCUGGUGAAUAUGAGAUCACCAAAGCACCUGGCCAAAAGAUUGAUUAUGUGGUUCGUGAUACCAAGGGGCACAUAUUGGCACAAAAGGAAGACAUUUCUAAAGGAAAAUUUUCGUUUACGUCAGAAUUAUAUGAUACAUUUGAAAUCUGUUUCAUUUCUCAAGUACCGUCAACUUAUAGAGGAAUUGAACAAGAAGUGGCACUGGAUGUAAAGAAAGGGAUUGAAACUAAGAGCUACGAGGGGAUUGGCGAAGCAGCAAAAUUAAAACCGCUAGAAGUGGAUUUGAAACGAUUAGAGGAUUUGUCCGAUGCAAUUGUUCAAGAUUUUGCAUUGAUGAGAAAACGGGAAGAAGAAAUGCGCGACACUAACGAAUCAACAAACAGUCGAGUCCUUUUCUUUAGCAUUUUUAGCAUGAGUUGUUUGUUGGGGCUCGCAACAUGGCAGGUGCUAUAUUUGAGACGCUACUUUAUCGCGAAGAAAUUAAUUUAAACAUGUAUGCAGUUGGACUGUCUUACAUCUUGAUGUGGCUGCAUUAAAUAAAUAAAUAAUUGAAAUAACAAGUUGCAUUAUUCACAUUUGAAGAAUUUUUUAGUUCACUUUAUUUUUUUUAUAGAGGCUUUGAACCGACCGACUUCAUUCGCCUGUUUUAAUCGGUAAAUUAAUUCUGUACUUAAAAUCGAACAUCCUUUUUGGCAAGCCAUUUGUGGCUUGCAAUUAUCUUAUACCUCGGAUAAGAGCUCGGGUAGUCUCGGAUUAUUUAAAACUAUCCGUUUAUUUUAAUAAAAAUGUUUGCCUAUUUCA